CGGGGAGAGCGGAUAUAGUGAAUGCGGGGUCCGGGGAGAGCGGAUAUAGUGAAUGCGGGGUCCGGGGAGAGCGGAUAUAGUGAAUGCGGGGUCCGGGGAGAGAGGAUAUAGUGAAUGCGGGGUCCGGGGAGAGAGGAUAUAUAGGUCCGGGGAGAGAGGAUAUAGUGAAUGCGGGGUCCGGGGAGAGCGGAUAUAGUGAAUGCGGGGUCCGGGGAGAGCGGAUAUAGUGAAUGCGGGGUCCGGGGAGAGCGGAUAUAGUGAAUGCGGGGUCCGGGGAGAGCGGAUAUAGUGAAUGCGGGGUCCGGGGAGAGCGGAUA